AUUUUUCAGCCUCCCUCCACUGCUGAAAUUCGGGUUACGGUUAUGUCUGAAAGAAGAAAUUCGGCGAAUUCUUCUCGAUCAUUUUGCACCUAGUCCUUUUUCUCCCCGCUCUCCUCCCGUUUCUGGGGCUUGACGGAGCUUUAGUACGGAGAUGACAUCCGACCAAACCCGUCGGCGGAGUCGACGUCAAAUCGAGGACGAGGACGACGAGGAUGCCACGAGGUAUGAGUCCGAAGGCACUCCGGAGCAGCGCGAUGGACCCAAGAGACAGAGACGCAGAGUAGUCGACGAAGGAAGCAGUGACGACGAUGCUCAUGUCAGCGAGAACGAGGAGUUAGCGGGCAAUACACGACGAACCACCAACAUCGGCGGUGCAAAUGGCUCUACCGACGAACAGGCCUUUCAGCCCGGCGCUAUCCGUCGUGUCGAAGUAGAAAACUUUGUUACUUAUGAGAAGGCCGAAUUCUUCCCUGGUCCCAACUUGAACUUGGUCAUUGGCCCGAACGGCACCGGUAAGAGCUCGCUAGUCUGCGCGAUUUGUCUCGGCUUGGGCUUCAGUCCGAAGCACCUUGGACGAGCAGGAAACGUCAAAGAGUUCGUCAAACACGGAAAGCCCUCCGCUUCCAUCGAGAUCGAGCUUCAGAAACGGGACCAAGACCGCAGACAUCACGUCGUUCGAGUGCAGAUAGACCGAGAGCGAAACAGCCAGCGAUGGUGGAUCAACGGCCGUGAUACUACCCAUAAAGCCGUGCAGAACCUCAUGAAGGAGCUCAGGAUCCAGGUCGACAAUCUUUGCCAAUUCCUGCCCCAGGACCGCGUCGUCGAGUUCGCCGGCUGCACACCAGUUGACUUGCUUCACGAGACCUUGCGAGCCGCAGCGCCGCCGCAGAUGCUCGAGUGGCAGCAGGAGCUCCGGGACUUACACAAAGACCACAAAGACCUCCAGAAACAGUCCACUUCGCAUGCCGAGAAUCUUGCCAACCUAGAAAGUCGGCAACAGGCCAUGCAAGCUGACGUCGACAGACUACGAGAAAGGGAGGAGGUCCAGGCGCGGAUCGCCGACCUGAAGGACGCUCAAAUCAUGGCUGCCUACAAUAAGAGUCGAGCUCGGCAUGCUGAGAUCUCCCGACGACUGGAACAGGCCGAGCAGCUCCAGCAGGAUCUCCAAAACGAAUGCGCCCCCUCUUUAGAAGCAACCAACAAAAAGAAGGAAUAUCACGAGGCUGUGGCAUCAGCCGUUCAAGCUCGCCAGGCGGCUGUCAGGAAUACCGAAGAGGCUGCGAACGACUUGCUCAACGACGUCGACAACGCCAACGACCAUGUCGUCCAGAUCACAGCCAAGAUAGAGGCAGAGUCAAGAGGGUUCACCACAAAGAAGCAGGAGCUUCGCGUUAUCAAUCAAAAAAUUGGGCAGCUCGAGAACAGACUCAAGAAUCGACCACCGGACUUCGAUCCAAAGGAUCACAACCAGAAAAUUCGUGCUCGACAGCAUCAAUUACGAGAGCUUGACAACGAAAUUCGCGCGAUAGAGCCCAAGCUGCUUGACGUCCACCAACGUGGUAUCCAAACCAGAGAUGAGCGGAAACGGAUAGCCCAGGAACUCCAAGAACUUGACACACAAGAGGGGAAACAGCUCAGAUUUCUGGAAAGGUCCUUCCCAGACGUUGCCAAGGGGUGCAAAUGGCUUCGAGAGAACGGCGACAAGUUCCAAAACGACGUCUUCGGUCCCCCUCUGAUCAGCUGCAGCAUCAAGGACAAACGCUAUUCGGAUCACGUUCAGGCCCUCCUCCAGAAAGAUGACUUUCUGUGCUUCACGACACAGUCCCGUGAGGACCACAAGACGUUGAGCAACUAUUUCUUCAGAGAGCUAGGACUUUCUGCUUCCAUUCGAACCUGCUUGCAACCGCUCUCUUCAUUCCAAGGGCCUUCUGCAGAAGAGGCCAAACGUCUCGGAUUUGACGCUUUUGCGAUUGAUUAUCUUACAGGUCCCGAGCCUGUCCUGGCUAUGCUUUGCAGCGAGAAGAAACUCCACAUGGCCGGCGUUGCUCUUCGGGAUAUCGAAGACCAGCAGUAUAACCGCUUAAUGGCCGAGGAGAGGAUCCAGACCUGGGCCGCGGGGCGUCAAUUCUACAAAGUGACGCGACGCAGGGACCUCGGCCCGCAGGCUGUGUCGACCAUGACACGAGAUAUACUGCCCGGUCGCUGGUGGAAGGACGACGUUGAUCUGACCGAGAAACACGAGCUUCAACGACGGCAGGAGGAGAUAACGGAAAGGUUUAACGGGCUGAAGCGAGAGAACGAGCAGCUGAGACAGCAGAAAGAGGAGCUUACCGAGGAGAUCGAGUCCAACAAGGCAGCUCUGGAUGACCUCCAACAGCAGAAGAGGGCGCUUCAGAAGGAGUACAACGAAUAUCAGGCCCUUCCCACGAAACUCGAAAACGAGAAGCGUUCCCAGGAGAAGAAGAAGGAAGAACUCGAGUCGUUGAGGGCUACAAUACACGAACUCGAGGCACAGCUUGACGACGCAGCAGUCAAGAAAGGCAAAGCUAUUCUACGGCACCAACGAGGCCUCGCAGGAAUUCGCAGGGCCCAAGAGACGCUCCUCGAGGCGCAGAUCCGUGAGAUUGAAGCUAAAUCCGACUUGGAAGGCCUAAAGGACAGGAACGCCGCCAUUGUGCAGAGGCUCGAGAAUGAAGAAAAGAACGUUGCCGAAUUGAGGGCCGCCAAGCGCCAGGCGAAGGACGAAGGUGUCCGGGCAAGAGAUAAGCUACUGCGGGAAUGCGUCGACCUGGAAAACAGGAAAGAUCACCUUGUAGGGCUGGCAGGCGACAAGUCCCCGGAGGAAAUCGAGGACGAGAUCCGGGCAGAGGAUGCCAAACUGGAGCUCAUUCAUGCCGCCAACCCCAACGUCUUGCGCGACUUUGAGAAACGGGCGCGCGACAUCGAGAAGCUCCGCCAAAGGCUGGAGGCUGCACAGAACAAGAAUGAUCAAGUCGUGCGUCAGAUUACAAGACUGCGGGAGAAGUGGGAGCCGAGGCUCGAGGAGCUGGUUUCCAGAAUCAACGACGCCUUCAGCUACAACUUCGAGCAAAUCAACUGCGCAGGCGAGGUACGCAUUCACAAAGACGAGGACUUUGAACUGUGGGCGUUGGAGAUCAUGGUCAAGUUCAGAGAAAACGAGUCACUUCAGCAGCUCAACCAGCAUCGCCAAUCGGGCGGCGAGCGUGCUGUCUCGACCAUCUUCUACCUGAUGGCGCUGCAGUCCAUGGCGCAGUCUCCCUUUCGAGUCGUUGAUGAGAUCAACCAGGGCAUGGACCCGCGCAACGAGCGCAUGGUGCACGAGCGCAUGGUCGAAAUCGCCUGUCGCGAGCACACGAGCCAGUAUUUCCUCAUCACGCCCAAGCUCCUUACCGGGCUUCGGUAUGAUGAGCGUAUGCGCGUUCUGUGCAUUGCCAGCGGUGAGCAUAUGCCCGUGGAAGGCAACAAGCUCGACUUUGGACGGUGCCUUGGGAUUCAUAAAAGGGCGAUCGGGGCCGCUGCAUGAUUUCAUCCCGGACGUGUUUCGGAUAGACAUGGGCAUUUCCUUUCUUUUAUAUGUCUAAUAUCUCGGGUCUCCUGGGACAUGACUUGCGCGAUUUCUGGCCUUCAGGCAUAAGCGACUGGUUACUGGGCGUUGGGCAAUACUGAGCAUGGCGGAUAGCAAGGGAGCCACGUCUUAUAAUGUCUGGCAGGGCUAAGUCUUAGGCGGCACGAUAUGGACACCAUGGUCUUCGGUUUGCAGUUGUUUCUGCUUGGAACGUUCGGAGAUCUAGACGGCUUCUACAGAGAUACUACAGAGAUAUAUGGUAAUUAAGAGGAGUUAAUAAGAACUCUUUUCAUUAU